GAUGCCCGGGCCCGCGGGCCGCUCCGCCGCCAGCCUUCCCCACAGUCCCUGGCGGCGGGCGCUCAGUGCCGGGGCGCGGGAACCGCAGCCGGAGCCGGAGGCGGGAGCAGCGAGCCAGAGCCUCGGGCGCCCAAAUGCCGGCUGCUCGUGGUCCCUGGCCUCACCAGGCCCCCACAUGUGAGGGCUGCUGCGUUGCACGGAGGCCUGGCUCUGAGGAGGAUGCCACGGCCGCUGGUCAGCUCCAGUCUGCACCAUGAGUGAGGAACGGCGUCUGGCCGGCAGUGCGGUGGGCUGGCUGGCUUGCGGAGGCCUGUCGCUGCUGGCCAACGCCUGGGGCAUCCUCAGUGUGGGUGCCAAGCAGAAGAAGUGGAAGCCUCUGGAGUUCCUGCUUUGCACACUGGCGGCCACCCACAUGCUCAACGUGGCGGUGCCCAUCGCCACGUACGCCGUGGUGCAGCUGCGGCGGCAGCGGCCCGACUACGCGUGGAACGAGGGCCUCUGUAAAGUCUUCGUCUCCACCUUCUACACGCUCACGCUCGCCACCUGCUUCUCCGUCACCUCCAUCUCCUAUCACCGCAUGUGGAUGGUCCGAUGGCCUGUCAACUACCGGCUGAGCAAUGCCAAGAAGCAGGCGGUGCACACAGUCAUGGGCAUCUGGAUGGUGUCCUUCAUCCUGUCCGCCCUUCCCGCCGUCGGCUGGCACGACACCAGUGAGCGUUUCUACACCCAUGGCUGCCGCUUCAUCGUGGCCGAGAUCGGCCUGGGCUUCGGCGUCUGCUUCUUGCUCCUAGUGGGAGGCAGCGUGGCCAUGGGCAUGGUCUGCACGGCCAUUGCUCUCUUCCAGACGCUGGCCACGCAGGUCAGCCACCGGGCUGACCGCCGUGCCUUCACUGUGCCCACCAUCGUGGUGGAGGAUGCCCAGGGCAAGCGCCGCUCCUCCAUUGAUGGCUCAGAGCCCGCCAGAACCUCGCUGCAGAUCACGGGCCUGGUGGCCACCAUCGUGGUCAUCUAUGACUGCCUCAUGGGCUUUCCUGUGCUGGUGGUGAGCUUCAGCAGCCUGCGGGCUGAUUCUUCAGCACCCUGGAUGGUGCUCUGUGUCCUGUGGUGCUCCGUGACCCAGGCCUUGCUGCUGCCUGUGUUCCUCUGGACCUGUGAUCGCUACCGGGCCGACCUCAAGGCAGUGUGGGAGAAGUGUGUGGCCCUUAUGGCUAACGACAACGAGGAUUCUGACAAUGAGGCCAGCCUAGAUGGCGGCAUCUCCCCCGACCUUGUAUUGGAGAGCUCCCUUGACUGCAGCUAUGGAGGUGACUACAUGGCUCUGGACAGAAUGGCCAAACAUGAGCUCUCAGCCAUGGAAGGAGGCUUACCCCAGCUCUAUCCCCUGUGGCCACUGCAGGAGGAUCGAAUGCAGUAUCUGCAGGGCGCGGGGAGGCAUCGGUGCGGGUUUCCAGGAGGGCAGCCUUGUCUCAGCCCGGCCGGAUGCUCGCAGGUCCCGCCCACCCGGCGGUUCUCCAACGACGACGCCGACAUGUGGGCGGCCGCCCCCCUGCCCACCUUCCUCCCGCGCUGGAGCUCUGGCGAAGACUUGGCAGCCCUGGCGCACCUAAUGCUGCCAGCGGGGCCGGACCGGCGGCGGGGGAGCCUGCUGGCCUUCGCCGAGGAUGCACCCCCUUUCCGCCCAUGCCGUCGCUCUGCGGAGAGCUUGCUGUCUCUACAGCCCUCGUCUGUAGAGGGCGGCCGGCGUCGUAUCCAGGACUCGCCUCCCGGCAGCCCGCGUCGCCGCCCGGGGCCGGGCACCCGCUCUGCCUCGGUCUCAUUGCUACCCGACACAUUCGCGCUGACCGCCUUCGAGCGCGAGCCGCAGGCUCUGCGUCGUCUGCCUGCCCCCGCACGGCCCUUCCCUGCUGCCUCGGACGGCUCGGAGCCGGCUGAGGUCCCGACAACCCCUGGCAGUCGUGCGCAAAGCACCCAGGGACGCCGGGCGGCGCGCGCGCAGGCGGGGGCCCUGCAGACCGGCCUGAGUGUGUCGUGGGGCGAGCCCGGCGGGCUGCAGGCGGCGGGCUGCGGCAGCACUAGCAGCUUUCUGAGCUCGCCCUCUGAGUCCUCGGGCUACGUCACGCUGCACUCAGACUCGCUGGGCUCUGCGUCCUAGGGCCCCCCAGGUCCUCCCCAGAGUCGCCAUGCAGAAGGAAGAGGCACAGCACCAAAGAUGCCAUCACAUGAGUUAGGCGCACAGGCAAGUGCCACCCACCCUAGGAGUGAGUGGAUGGUGGAUUGUGUGCCCCUCCUAUAGUUCCUUUUGAUAUUUCCUGGAGGGACGAUGGCCACCCUGGAUGGAUGCACAGGACAGAAACUUAAUGCUGGGCGCGGCAUCACCCAGGAGGAGGUCGACUUUGCCUGUGUAGGGGGAGUGGCCUCUGCACGUUUGGUAGGCCUCUGAGGCUAGACUGGGUUGCCGGGAACCCUGAGA